AUGGAUACCCCAAAGGAAGAGGAGGAGGAAUACUUAAAGCUGAUAAAAUGCUCGAACAAUGUGGAGUUCAAGACAAACGAGGAGAUAGACGCGCUGGAAAUUUGUAUGGAGAAAUCCAUCAAUUUGAAAAUAAUCCAGUACUUUGUUAACAUAAAGGAGUUGUACUUGAUAAAAAAUAACAUCUCUGAUGUGACACCCUUGCUGGAGUGCACAAAUCUGAGGGUCUUAUUUCUGCAAAUCAAUAAGAUCAGGAGCGUCCUAGGGCUCGGGAAGCUGAAGAAACUGGAGAAACUGAACCUCUUCAGCAAUGAACUGACGGAGAGUGGCAUCGACCUGGGAGAAAACAAACAGUUGUACUACAUCGACCUGAGCGACAACGCACUGGAAAGUAUCGACUUCUUCUGGUGUACCACUUCUUUUGUGCACAUCAAUUUAGCCAACAAUCGGAUUCGAACCCUGGAUCCGCUGCGGAAUAAUGCAAAAUUGGAGCACCUAAAUGUCAGCGGGAACAGGCUCGAACGUUUUGAAGACGUCCAGGCGCUCCGCUUACUGCCGAACAUUAAGGAGCUGUACCUCAGUUCGAUCUACUACAGAAGCAGCACUCUAGUGGAGAGCCUACUCUACAAGCACUACUUCUGCACUAAUUUUCCAAAUUUACUGAUAUUAGACCACCAAGUGGUGAGCAGCCAGGACAGGAAGCUAACCGCGCGGGACAUGGAGACACUCAGAAGCAUCUCCGACUUCAAAAUAAAUUUUAUCGAAGAAAAAUACAUAAAGGAAAAACACCACCUCCUGUUCAUAAACAACAAAAAUUUAUUUUACUUGAAUGAAGUUCUAUGGCCAAUUCAUCUUUAUCUCAACCUGGAGGGAUCUCCAAUGGAUGCUAAUACCGAGGGGGAACACGAGCGAAUGGAAGAGAUAAAACGGGAGGUAUCCUUUCUACUGAGCGCGUACACCUCCAGAUUUAACUACAUCCUGAGGAGACUGAAGGAGGAGCGGGACCUGCAAAUAAGAUAUGUCUCCACGUCGAUGAAUUCCUAUUUCAAUAUUUUCUUCCAAGUCGUGACGAAGCAGCAAGCAGAGUACACCCAAGUCGAGGAUUUACUGAAGCGAAACUUCAGCGCAGAGUCGCUAAAGCGCUACUUUGUGGAGGACAUAAAAAUUGAAAGCAUCAUAAAGGUGAAGAAGCUCAACCAUGGUUGCCUGGACGUGUUAAUUGAGGACCACCUGAACAGCGUGGUUUAUGAAAAAAAUUUGCUCUUCCUGCAUCCGUACAAUUACUGCAAAAUUAACGACCACUUCGAUUUUGACGAGAAAGAACUUGUGGUGGAAGACCCGGAGAGGAGGAAGUUCUUCGAGAAAAACUUCGUCUGCUCGUGCCUCAGCUUGAGCCACGUGUUGAAGACGGCCAUAAGGAUGUUCUUGGCAGAGGAUCAGGACGACCUGGUGCACCCGAUUUACCUUAGAAGCAAGGGGGAAGCAACUCCGGCAAGCAUGCCAACCGUGGAUGUUUCUCCCACCGCGUGCGCCCAGACAACGGAGGUGAACCUGAAGAAGAAAAUUGUGCGAAGCAGAAAGUUUGACUUCCCCCCAGUUCGCAUAUACGUCGUGGAGAGUUACUUCUUCCCGAACGAGCACAAAGAAGUGACGGCCUACAGCUCGUCCGGAGGUCGGAAAGACAAUGAAAAAAACGAGCAGUCUAAAUUUAAAAUAUACUACACUCAGCCAAAACACACCAACUUGAAAUAUAUAGUCAACGUCAGUCUAGUUAGUAGCGGCGGAGCGCUGAAUAGCAGCGCAGUGGUGAGCAAGGGAAAUUCCCUCAUAGGAGUAGGUGCGGAAAAAAAAGGGAAAGAAAAAGAAAAAAACUUCGACAUGGACUUUCUCAAUUGUGUAAAAAUACAAGAUACUGUGGAUACUCCAAAUGGAUCACAUGCAAAAAAGAAACUUAAAAAAGAUUUUUACGAAUUCCUUUUAACUUUCAAAUUGAUUAACUUUUUUUAUAUCACGAAAUAUUUUAUCAAGUUGAGUAAAAUAAUUUGUGAGAUCAAGAAGUGUGUGUCGAUCCUUUUGGCUAGAUGUAACUUGAAGUACCUUCUUCCCUUGGGUGUCAAACAUUUCCAGGACAAGUUGGAAGUGACUUCACCUGAGCAUAUUCAUAUAUUGGAGAAGAAGAGGUUGGACCUUGUUCGCCUCUUUAGGGAGUCAUCUGCAGGUGGGGCUUCCCCCACUGAGGACACUACCUCCGCAGCAGCUACACAGGACGGGGGUGACAGUAAAGCGCACGCCGAAAUGGAAGCCCUACACCUUAGCAGCUUCCACGUGCACAAAUUGAACUUGCGAAUCAUACGGGACAUUUUUAAAAAUUUGAAAAAGUUAUGUCUAGUUAAUAACAACAUCAGCGACUUAAGUUUGCUUUUCCAUUGUGGGGAAGACGACAUUGAUUCUUUACUGCACCUCGACCUUUCCUUUAACUGUAUCACCACCCUUGCCCCGAUAUGCAGCAAAUUCAAAAAGUUAAUGCACUUUGAUGUAUCUUUUAACUGUAUUUGUGAUUAUGUCGAAAUUGUAAUGUUCAGUCGGAACCAUAAGGAGGUGGAGUCGCUAUCGCUUGUUGGCAACUCCCUUUAUGUGAAGCCCUCACACCAGACGUGUGUCCACCGGAUUUUCCCUCGCAUCGUAUGGCUCAACGGGGUGCGCAUCACUUCCAGUGGGGAGUUCGAUUUGGAAGAGCACUCUUCAGUUGGGAGUCCAUGGGGCGACGGCCCUAGCAGCGACAGACACGCCAUCAUUUCCAAGGAACCCAAGUGCAGCGACUACCUGAAUAAAGUGGAACUAUUGAACAUGUCAGACCUGUACACCCCUCUUCCCAUCUCCGACUUCUCCGUUUUGCCAAACUUAAAAGAGUUAAAUUUGGCCAACAACGGAAUGGACAGUGUGGAGAACCUGAAACUACCUACGAGCUUACAUAAGCUCAACUUGAGAAACAACAGAUUAAGAAACAUCAACUUUUUAAAAAGCCACUUAAACAUUGAAAUUCUCAUUUUGGAUAAAAACCAUCUUGUAAAUAUCGACAUGGUGAACUGUCUGAAAAGGUUAAAGGUACUAAGAUGUGCACACAACAAAUUGGAGACCAUCCCAUUAAUGCAGAAUGCACAUCUGGUUGAACUAAACAUACACGACAACUUCAUAGAAGACAUUACCCACUUGGUUUUGAUGAAAAAAAAAAAGUCUCUAAGGUCCAUCAACAUUUACAAGAACAAAAUAAACUUCCCCAAUUUAGAACUCUACCUCAUCCACACAUUCAGAAAUUUGAUCAUCUUAAAUGACACCUAUAUAGAGAGAGGAGAUCAUGUAGAUUCAUUUUUUAAAAAAAUAUACACCCUUAAUGUUUUUCAUGAUCUGUACAACUUAUUUCCUCCCUACACAUCAUUGAGAAAUCUCGAAAUUAAAAACCUGAAGAUUCGAAGCAUCAUGUUUCGCAUCAGCAAUGAGAACUUUGCCAACUUAGAGCGCCUGGACUUGUCUAACAACUUCCUCAGCAGCAUCGCCAACGUGGGCCCGCUUGACGGCCUCAAGGUCCUCCUCCUAAACAACAACAAACAUAUCAGCGAUGAGUCUUUCACGGGACCGGACGAAAGGAACGUAUUGAACUCUUUUAUGUCACUGGAGGAACUGGACAUUAGCUCCUGCAUGCUGUGCAGAACGGACUUCCUCAGCAAGUGCACCAAUUUGAAAAACUUGAGGAGCCUCAACUUGGAAGGAAAUAACAUCCACUCAGUGAAGAGCCUGUCCCACUUGGGGAAUCUCCUCGACUUAAAUUUGUCCAACAACAAAGUGUCGAAGAUGUGCCCUGAUUCAUUUCCCCCCCAUGUGCAGCGGCUGAAUCUGUCCAACAACUUGAUCAGGAAUCUGGCUCCACUGCGCACGCUGCAAAACGUGGAAUUACUGGACCUCCGCGUUAACCGAAUCGACAAUGUAGACGAGUUCAUCUCAUUAAGGGAUAUAGACACGUUGAGGAUUCUCUACCUAAAUGGGAACAGAAAGAUAAAGGAACACUUCCCAAGCAUCAGGAACAUGCUCAAGCAAGUAGGCACCUUCGAUGACAAGAUUGUGAGAGAGCAUGACAAGGUGAUGGAGCAUAUAUCAGAAAAGAAGGAAUGCGCCAAGGGAGAUCGAGGCACAAAUGCAAAGCAGCCAAGGGUGCAGGAUCAUAAGGGUGCUAUGAAAGACGCCAUUAAGGAAGUAACUGAGUAUACCAGUCGGAGUAUCACGAGGGAUGUCAUUAGGAGUUUCAAUAGGGAGACGCCUAGAAAAGCGGUGGCCAUCCGCGCACAGACCAAGCUGCAUUGCCCUCCAAGGAAGAAGGAUGCCUUUGAUGAGCAAAUUAAGAAGGAGAGCUUUACCAUUAUAGGUAAACGUGUGAGCAGAAGCGGUGAUUACUAA